AUGUCUGCAGUCGCCCAGCCUCUUCUAAGAUCCGACAAGUUGCCAGCUGAGCUGAUCUCGCUGAUCAUAUACUAUGCUCAGAUCGCUUGGCAUAACGAACACUUUGCUGCGCAAGCUCCAUACACUGGGGUGAAGCGAUAUCGACUGGUUUCAGAAACCGGGUCUCAGUCUGUCCCGCCCUCUAUCUCCCCAUGCUGCAAUGGUAUGCAUUGGGAUUACGGCCGCCCGAUUUGCAUACGCUCAGACUCUGGCAAAGCCCUCCCCCCUCACCUUCCUUCUCCUGCCCAUAGCGCAUCGCUCGUCUCGAGAAAGUUACGCGAUGCGCUUCUUGAUGAAUCUCGGAUCUGGAAGCUGGAUAACACGUUGUACCCAGCGAUCGCGAAACUUUCUGGCGAACACCGGACGACCUCGAGUGGCCGCCAGGUUAUACAAUACGGAUCUCGGAGCCUCAUAGCCCUGGACGUCUGCACCUGCUUCCUGCUUAGCGUCCGGGCCUUCUACACCAGUCUGGAGCGCGUCAAGCUCAGGCUACCGUGGUCUGGUGAUGGAACGCUGGGAUCCGAAUUGCAGCAGUUCCUUCGUGAUACCAGAGGGGGCGCUGACAGCUGCCUGCGUCAUGUCGAUGUGGAGGCACUAGACGCUGAUCCGCUUCACAUUGAGGAAGACUUGCGCCGUCGUAUGACCGCUAUCGAGAGCACCGGGCUGCUCACCAGCCGUGCCUCCUGCAAAUUGUUCUACUACUCGCGGACCCUCACUUCCCUUUAUCUCCAUCAAGGCCCUGGAGCCAGCACAGUUUUUGGGGCAUCGCUAUCGACUAGUCUCACAGCAUGCUCCGGCACCCUCGAGUUCUUGACAAUCGACAUUGCCGCAGGCUUCGUCGCGGAGGUCCAGGGCAGCGUCACAUUUCCCCGACUGCGCUACUUCCGACUUUGCACUCAUCGCAUCUGCGGGGCUGGGCUACUUCGUUGGAUGGUGUUGCCAUACGCAGUUGACCUGCAUCUCGAGCCGGUAGUAUACUGGCGAAAGUCGUUCACUGCAAAGCACCCCACGAUAUACGAAGUUCCCUUCUGGCCAUCGCGGUAUGCCCCGGAGGAGCGCUUCGAAGGCGAAUGGAGGUGGAUACAGAAGUUCGCCAAGACCUUGGAUCAACCCCACCGGACCGCCGCCAUCCACAGCGCAACACCGGACCAUCAUUUGACGUUUGGCGAUCCAGCCGACGUACUCAGUCGGCGCUCGGCGACGGUGGUUGGGCUGGAUGUGCGCAUUGAUCCCUCUACCAAGCCCCACGAGCCGGCGGCAGCGAAGUUCCCCGAGCUGGUCAGUCUGACUCUGGCGGAAUCAGCCGCAGAGCUCAGGCCGGUCUUGCAGGACCCAGUCGGUCGUGAUUGGGAGAGGAGUCAGGAGCUUGAAGGCAAGACUGCUGCCAGGCGAUCCCUUACCUUCCGAGAUGGGCAAUUCUCUGGAUAUGACCGCGCUCGGGAUUUCAACUCUCAGUAUCCGAAGGCGUUAUACGACACGUUGUAUUACGUGAUCCGUGCGCCGGUAUCGUGGGCAAUAGCUGCGCAGGAGCUUGUCCUUGCUAGGGACAGCUGGCUGCCGGAUCGCUCUCUGGGCUAUCAGCAUAUCCUAGUGAAUUUCAACUCUAUUCGGGCGCUGCAUGUCGAUAGUCCUGCGCUACCUCCGGGCGUCGAGUUCAAGCAGAACUUGGAGGGAUGCUUCACUGCAGACCAUCUGCAAGCGCUUGCCCUGAGCCUGAACAUUCCGACCUCCGACGGCAGUUACAUGUGUUCUGUUCUGGAACAUAUUCAUCUACGCGUUCCCGAGGAGACCGUGAUGAGCUGGGUAGUACCCAGUGAGUGGGAUGCGAUGCUGAAUUCAGCUAGCCGUUUAGCCUCGCGGGCUAGGAGGAUUAGGUUGAGUGCUGUUCAGGGUCAAUAG